AUGAUCAACCCACAAGACCUCCAAAACUUCAAACUGAACCGAGUUCAAAAACCUAUCGAGAAAAGUUCACUCUCCUUCAAACAAUCCCUUUCUUCAAGUUGGUUCUCUGAACAAAAAGCAAUUCUCGACAAUUAUCGUGAAAAUCAAAUCUUGGCACAAUUGGAUCAGUGGGUUCCUUUCAUUCCGAGAGAAAUUACCUAUGACACUGUGUUUAUUGAUAUUCAGAGGGAGUGUGCUUUAAAAUUGAUUAAAAUUCAUGAGGAAUUCUCUGCAAAAACUAAGCAAUUACAAUUGAUGAAAAUGUCAAAUGAUGAAAUUGAGAAAAAGGAAAGAGAAAUUGUUGAAUCUUUGAAAAUUGAAUUGAAAUUGGAUGAAAACAUUCAAAAAUUGAUGCAUGAAAUUGAUGAGUGUUCUUUGUGGAAGGAUGAGGAGAGAAGAGAACCUCUCUUUUUCAAGCUAUCAUCAAGAUCUCCAAAGGAUGUUACAAAAUUGAAUGGAAAAUAUGUAAUGGAAUUAUUCCAUAAAGAUUUGAAGGAACACUAUCCAUCUGAGGAAGCUCAACUCGAUAAUUCCAAUAGAGUUGUUUCUUUUACAAGGGCUGCAACUGAAUUCUUGAAAAUUUCAUCAUCAGAUGAAGUUUUAGAAUUAUUAUUAAGAUCCUCAAGAGUGAAUAUGGACCUAAUUGAAACAUAUGUUGAAUUUUGGAAUGAGAAGAGUCCACUCAAUAAGAUUGCAUUGAGAAGGUGGGAUACAACCAUUGAUAUUAGAUUGGAAUUUAGAACAUUUAUUGUAAAUGGAAAAUUGGCUGCAAUUAGUCAGUACAAUCAUUUCGUCCACGUGGAAGAAAUUGAACAAUACCAUAACCAGAUUCAACAAUUGAUUGAAAAGAGUGUAAAAUAUCUGAAGGAAAAUCUAGACAAGCACAUGAUUUUUAAACAUAUGGUUGCAGAUUUUGUAAUUUAUCCAAGAUUCUUCUCAGAUAUUGAGAAAACCAAUCAAUGGAAUGAAGAUUUGAUUCCAACUGGUGAUUAUAUCAAACUCAUUGAAUUAAAUCCCUACGAAGAGUCAACAGGAGCUUGUCUAUUUUCCUGGAAGACAGAUCAACAAAUCAUUCCAAUGCCUCCACCACAACAAAUUGAAGAAGAAUCAGUCAAUUUGAAUUCCGAUAAAAGCACCUCGGAUUCAACGACAGGGGUAAACUUCAGAUUUAUUACAAGGGAAUUUAAGGAAAAUUAUUUGGAGAAACAUUUGGACAAGCGAGGAACGAAAGAGAAAAAAUAUCAAAAUAUCAAACUUCUUUUCAACAUAACAAAAAACAACAACAUUGGGAUGUCUUUGUUAUUGAAUAGAUCUUCAUCAUCGAUCCGUGUGUCGGUCGUGUUGAUGAUGGUUAUUGUUGCUACCCUCUUAAAUUUUAUCAAUGCUCAACAAUUUUAUCCUUGCCCACUUUUUACUAAUAUUCAAGUUUCUUCAAAUACAACAACUUUGAAAGCUUCUACCUUUUCACCACGUGCUAGAGACGUCAUUAAUGCUAUCAAUCAAUACAAUACUAAAAACAAUCUCCUUGUUAGAACUACUGCUGAAUGUUCAGUUGUUAGUCUCCCAUUGAAUCCAGAUCAACCACAAGGAAGUGCCAUUGACGUUUUUGUUAAACGAGUGAGAUCCACUGAAAACAAGGAUGCCAAGAGAGCUCUAUGGAUGGUCGGUCCAAUUGAAUCCGAUGCAUCAAAUGUUGAAGUCUCUAUUGAACUCGUUUCUAAAUUGUUGGGUUCUGAUUUUGAUAUUUAUACUCUCGAUACUAGAGGUAAUGGAAGAAGUUCUAGACUCGGAUGUGAUGCUUCUCAAGCUGAAACUCCAGGAAGUUCUGGUGGUAUUUCAAUUUCAUCAAGUGAAUGGAAGAAUUGUUACAGUGCCUUCGAUGCUGAAUAUGGUGCUCAAAAGCAAUUCUAUUCAUCAGUCAAUGUUGCCUACGAUAUUGCUGCUUUGAUUCAAAAGAUGAAUACUCAACAAGAAACCUAUGUUUAUGGUCUUGGUUACGGAAGUCUUGUCGUUUCUCGUUUGUUGAAGCUUGUUGAACAAAAUGGAUUGAACAUUCUUAAGGGAUCAAUUUUGGAUAGUAUUAUUGACACAACUGGUCAAAAUAGCUAUGGUGGAUUGUUGGCCUUGUCUUAUGCUGAUGAAAUUACCAAUCAAGUUGGUAUUGAAUUCUUAAAGCUCUGUAAUGGUACUGAUAAUCUCUGUGCUCAAAAGAUUGGUAACGUUGAUCCAAUCAAAUACUUCCAUGAUACCAUUGAAAAGGUUUAUCACAAUAAUACCUGUAAGGCUAUUAAGGAAGGUAUUCCAGCUGAUCAAUUCAAGGCAAUUUUGGCCUUCUUGUUGCUCGGCUCAGAUACCAAAGUUUUCAUUCCAGCUCUCCUCUAUCGUAUGAAUAGAUGUGAUGAAGAUUUGGAUGUUGCAACCAUUCUCCACAUUAGAGAUUAUUAUGUUGCUCAAAAGGCUGCCUUCUCCAAUUUGACCUCCAUUCCAUUGGCCUCCCCUCUUGCUACUGCCAAUCUUAUUUUCGGCGAAUUGUACAAUUCCGAAAUUUCUCUUGAAGAAUUGAAGGUUCAAUACAAUAAUUUCACUAGCAUUGGUUUGGGAGAUUCUGUUUAUUGGGCUAAUCUCAAGGAAAUUACCUCAUGGACCCCAUACACUGUUAAUGCUAACUUUUACAAUAAGACCAUUACUACCACUGUUCCAACUCUCUUGAUUAAUGGUGAAUUCGAUGCUGAAACACCAUUGUGGUCAGCCCAAAACCAACUCAAGGCUAUUCAAGGUCCACGUGCUUUGAUUACUGUUCCAAAGACUGGUCACAUGACUUUCUUUGAUGGUUCAGCUUCCAAUCAAACCAUUCCAUGUGGUAUGCAAAUUUUGAUCAACUUUUUAAAGAUGGCCAAUCCAGAUGUUGCUACUGUUGAUGCUACUUGUACUGAAAAAUUGCAAGUUAACUUUUCUGGUAACGGUGUUGUCAAUGAACUUGUCAUGGGUGUUUCUGAUAUCUAUGAAGAUGCUUAUGAAGCUCCAGAAGUUGAAAAGGUUGUCAGUUUGUACUUGUUCAUUGGUGUUGAAGCUGCCACUGUUGUCGUUUCCAUCAUUUUAAUCUGUUGUCUUGUCUAUUACAUUGUUCAAUUGAAGGAUAAGCAAAAGGCUCAAUAUGAAGAUUUGGAUCAAUAAUCAUCACUAAAUUAUUAAGUAAUAAAAUUUUAAAAAAAUUAAAUUG